ACACAGCCAUUGCAAUGCGUUUGCUUCGUCUGGUUCCAGGAGCGUCUCUCUUCGACUCGGCCGGGUAUGGAGAGGAGAGAAGAUGAGAGGAAGGAGUGAGGAGAGGAGAGAAGAUGAGAGGAAGGAGUGAGGAGAAGGAGAAGUCUGUUCAAACAUCACGUUGUGGUCUUGUUGUGAGAGGGGAGGAAGGAACGAUGCGACACUUCCACUCACCAUGGUUGAUCUGAGCGGCCAUGUAGCACAAAGUGCAGAACUGGCAUCAGCACAAAGAUUGCGUCAUCAGUGCAAUCAAUUUUUGUUAUGUCUCCUCGCCCUUCUCCAAUCAUCAUGUCACAUUGUGAAACAUGCUCGUCACAAUUUCCACCAGGUACAACGACGAUGGUAUCCACACCUGGAACGUCCACAGCCCCAACUGGAUCUACCAGGGUGGUCCCAACCAGUCCUGGCAGGACAUCCACGAUACUACCUACAACCAGUGGGAUGGCCUCGAUGACUCGACUGCGAGCUGGCACGUAACUCAGCCCGUCGACAACCUCAAGGUUGAACAAUGGCUCGGCAAUGUUAUCGGCAUGUACUAGAUUGAAGAUUGAAUAUUUGUACCGAGUGUUAGUACAACGCAACCAACA